GCGUAAUCUCUCACAUGUAGAAGUCACAGCAGCUGCAUGAGAGCGAGGUGCAGCUCAACUUGAGUGAAACAGCAUUGACCCUAAAGACGCAUAAGCAUGCUUAAAAUGUUGACUGAAAUGGACGAAUUGCACAGGGCCGUUUGAAUAUUUCACGAAUUAACGGGACUGCUUCAUAGGAAAAAGCUUAAACGCAGUCGGCGGGAUGCAACCGGGGACACCACGGUUUUCCUCUAUGUAAAAGAAGGAAUGUGAUUUUAAGGCUUAUCACCAGGCAACCGUAAAACCCGACCGUAUGCCGUUAAACAUAUUCAGUUAAUAAUUUCAACUAAUUAUAAAUAACAUUGUCCUCGCAGCAGGACACGGAUUCUCACGGGUCGUUUUAAUAAUACAACAUCCUGACCGAAUGCGUGAAGACACCUGGGACUGAAGCUCGCGCGCACAUGCACGCCGCCGCCUCACAGGCGAUCGUUCGCUGGAAAUGAAGAGGACAUCAUCCCGUGUCUGACCAAAUCCGGCCGAUUUCCCACCGUCCCGGCCAUCUGUGUCUCUUCGAUUGUGGAGGUGAAUUGCACGAACAAAAAUGACCCAGCCAACGGGAAAUACGACCACGGACCUGGACCAGAGCUGCGGUAUAUCAAAAAAGAGCAUGAUAACCAAAAUAUUUAAAGUUCGCAAAAGGAGAGAAAUGCUGUUCGUGCAGGUGUGUUUCAUCUGCAGCGUGCUUUUCAUGGCGUGGUGCAUGUCGGCGUUGCUCACAAAAACAGGUCAUGGGCUGGUGCUGCAGGAGGGGUUUGCUGCACCCAGUGACCACCUGGGUCGAAGGCUUAUGGCCACCGUGGGAGACAAUGAGACUGAAUUGAAGAAUUGCACAGAGCCAGCCGUCCAUGAGUUUCCUGAGGAUGUAUUCACCAGCAGAGAGCGUACGCAGGGGGCUGUACUGCUACACAUAUUUGCGGCUCUAUAUAUGUUUCUGGGUCUUGCUAUUGUAUGUGAUGACUACUUCGUGACCUCUCUAGAGAAUAUCUGUGAGAAGUUGCACCUGAGUGAAGAUGUAGCAGGAGCGACGUUCAUGGCAGCUGGAAGCUCCGCCCCAGAGCUGUUUGCUUCUAUAAUCGGUGUGUUCAUUACUCAUGGAGAUGUAGGGGUGGGCACAAUAGUGGGUUCGGCGGUCUUCAAUAUUCUUUGCAUUAUCGGAGUGUGUGGGAUAUUUGCCGGACAGGUUGUUUUUCUCACCAAGUUUGCUGUGUUUAGAGACUCACUCUACUACACUUUUUCUGUGGUUGCCCUUAUUGCGUUUAUUUACGAUGAGAAGAUUGUGUGGUGGGAGAGUUUGAUACUCAUCCUCAUGUAUGUUGGCUACAUCCUCAUCAUGAAGUUCAACACUAGCAUCCAAAACUACUUUUCGGGGAAGGAGGACAAGGGCGUCGCCAACGGUAACACCGUCGUCAGCGAGAUGGAGGAUGGUAAUGCAUGUUAUGAGCUGUUUUGGGAUGAUCCGUCCUGGCCGUUACUCAGCCCAGUAAAGCCCAGUAAAACAUACACUCGGGGCUCUGUGGUGAUGGUGGAUGAGAUGAUCAAUUCGAGCCCUCCGCACUACCGGUUCCCAGAGGCCGGCCUCAGGGUCAUGAUCACAAACCACUUUGGACCUAAGACACGUCUCCGUAUGGCAAGCCGUCUUAUCAUCAAUGAGCAACAGCGGCUAGGGAAGACGUCUAAUGGGGUGGAUGGAGUGCUGGUGGUUGAUAAGAAAACUGACACCAUUGAAAAUGGCAUCAUAACCGAGGACAAACUCAGUGAGGAGCCUGAAAAUGAGAUCUCAUCUCCCUUCAGCCUGCCUGGUGGCGCUAUGGACAAAGUCAAAUUUUUCAUCUCCUGGCCCAUUUCACUGUUGCUGUUCUUCACGGUGCCCAACUGUGCCAAACCACGGUGGGAGCGUUUCUUCAUGCUGUCCUUCUUCCUCUCCACACUGUGGAUCGCCAUCUUCUCUUACUUCAUGGUGUGGAUGGUCACCAUCGUUGGAUACACACUUGGAAUUCCAGAUGUAAUAAUGGGUAUAACUUUCUUGGCCGCUGGCACCAGCGUUCCCGACUGCAUAGCUAGUCUCAUUGUCGCACGUCAAGGCCUGGGGGACAUGGCUGUCUCGAACACGAUUGGCAGUAAUGUGUUUGAUAUUCUGGUUGGACUCGGCGUUCCCUGGGGCAUCCAGACGAUGGCUGUCAACUAUGGAUCUGUGGUUCAAAUCAACAGUAAAGGAUUGGUUUACUCUGUUGUCCUUCUGCUGGGCUCAGUGGCUUUAACUGUUUUGGGCAUCCACGUGAACAGAUGGAGGUUGGACUUUAAGCUGGGCAUCUACGUACUCGUGCUGUAUGCCGUCUUUCUCUGCUUUUCCAUCUUGAUUGAAUACAACGUCUUCACGUUCGUCAAUCUCCCCAUGUGUCAAGAUGAACUGUAGACCAGAAGGUUUUCGCAGGCUUGGAACCAAAAUACCUCCGGGUUGGACCCACACCCACUAAACAUCACCCCAAAUCACCAGUGAUUCUGCUGUUUCCUGUAAAUGCAGUUCCUCAAACAGGUUAAUCUAGUUACUGUUAAAUAAAACCCUCUGUCUUCUGCUGCAUGUCCUCACCACUGUGGUUCAGAUGGAGGGAACUCUUUGGCUCUGGUUUAAAACUCUCUCCUUCAUUUCCAGGAAAUGAAAUUCUCCUUGGCAGCUCUCUUUAUAACUGGAUAAUCUACUUUUUUGGGACAAUCAAGAUGCAGGCCUGAAGUCUUUACUGGAUUAUUCAGUGCAGGGGAUUCGAAUUUACUGCACACUUACUGUACACGCAUCACGAAUCGCACAUACGCCAAUGACAAAUAAAUGCUGCUCAUUCCCAUAUGCAUUAGCGAUUUCCUGUACAUUCUCUAUUUUCUGUCUUCCCUUGAGACAGUAUGAACAUUAAACAUUAUGCACUUUCUGUACGGCAUAAAGCAUCAUCAAAUUUAUUUAUGAAACUAAAAAAAGUGUGGAAAUAUAAAAGUACGCCCUUAAUGUGUCGCCAUUGACUGACAUUAUAUGACUGCCCUUGGGCAUGAAGAUUUCAUCAGCUUGUUAGACGCAAGAAACCUUCCGCGCUAAAAACAAGAGGCUGUUACAGCAUGGAUUUUAUAUUCUGUAUAGAUCACGCAGUGGGGAGGACAAGAUGUUAUGGAAUUCUGAUGAGCUUGACGAAAUAUCCUGCUGAGAGCUACUGGCAAGUGGCCAUCGGCGAGGUCAUCGAGGGGACCACUUCUAACACUCUGGAACAGAAGCUCUCGAAUUUGGACAUGUUUUGGUUUUCCCUUAAUCAUUCUAACCAAUGAAUCGAACCAAUCACGAAAGCACACAUCAAAAGCUGCUCCGCACCUCUCGUUCAGCCCAGAGCGGACAAUCCUCAGGAGAGCUCUCUGCUCCUUUUGCGGUGUGGAAGAUGAGACCGACAGCUGUGGCUGCUUUAAUAUUUCACACACAAACAUACGGACAACAUCACAAACAGGGAUCCUGGAUUUUGCAGACGUGCAGCGAGUCGGCGCGUUUGUUGUUUAUAUGUAAAUAUGACAUCAGUGAUCCUGUUUGAACCAGUGCUUCCUUACAGAGGACGGGAGGGGGUGUACCUAUGUAUGUGACCGAAGUGGUCACUUUUUCUUUAUUUACAAUGCACCCGAACCUCCCUGUCUGGAUCUUUCUUACUGUUUGCGUGUAAUGCAUGAUUUGACACAAAGAAGCCAUUUUUGCGGCAGGGCGUAAGCUUUGUGAGCUCGAUGUAAAAGUCCCUAUAAGGGUGAAUCUCAUGAAAACGUGUUCAGGUCCCAGUUCAGCCCUAAAUCACGAGGACAAAUUGUGAAACUGUGCUUUGCAUUAGAAAAUUGCGUUUUCAAUGGAUUUUGAUUUGGUUCAUGUGGCAUUAUUUUUAUGAUAAUAAUAGCACUCAAUUAUCUUAGUUACUGCAUCUGGUUUUGUUAUAAUUUUUUGUAAUUUGCGUCAUUUAAAAGAUCAGAUUUUCAGAUUGAUUUAAUACAGUAAAAUAUUACAACACAUUGUAUAGGGUUACUACCAAUAGGGUUAAAGUCCUCAAAUUUCUAUAUUUUUAUUUUAGCUCGAAGCGUGACCUGGACACGUUUUUGACACUUCCCAUGAGAUUCACCCAUACAGUAGCUCAAUGGCAGCUAUCGAACCUCCAUUUACUCAGCUGUGUGCGCGCUCAGGAGAUCUCAACUUGAGCAUGGGGGACAGGGGAAGGGUCUUUGUGUUUUGUCAGUCGUAGAAACUGUCUUUGUUAAGUGCUAAGAGGUGCCGUCGCUGUUGUCUGUGCAGAAAGGCAGGUGUUGGAGUAUUUGAUGUACACAGUAUAUAUGAUAUAUGCAAUCUCAGUUGGUGAGGAGACGGAAUACUGGGAAUUAUAUUUUCAUAGAUGAGCCAUGUUUGUGAAAGCUGCUGAAAUCGUCCACCGCUGUUACAUGUGCAUGCAUACUCAUUUAAUCUCACAUCACAUAGUUGCCAUUGAAUGUCGACUUAAGUUUUGUGGUUACGUGCUGUGUGGAAUGACGGUGAUGUCGUGAUGUUUUCGUUUCUGUGGUGUUAAUAAGUGGUGACCUGUAAGAUUAGCUAAUAUGGAAACGCUGUACGGAUGCUUUCGUAGGUGCACUGAAAUCUUGUUCUUAGGCCUGGGUGUAUAGUUAAAAGAGAGAGGCUGGGUUUUCUUCCCAUCUUUGAUGAUUUGGUGCCAGUAAAUUUGUUUUUCUGUUUGAUGUGUUUUUCCAUCGUUUUGAGGCGAGACAUCUCUUUUGACCAGUGCAAUAGACAGGAAAUGUGUGCAUUUAAGAGAUUUGUUUGAAUUUACACUGAAGGCAUUUGUCAGCUCUAUAUCCUUAAAGGGAUACUUCACCCAGAAAUGAAAAUUCUGUCAUCAUUUACUCACCUUCGAGC